AUGUAUAAUCAAGAAGAUUCAGAAUUAAUUCUUAACAAAUUAAAAUAAUACUUCAUCUAAUAGACAAAACAUGUAGAGAAAAGAAUGACAAGAGAAGAGUAUUUUUAAAUAUUGAAUGAGAAAGAUAAAUCUAAGAUUGAAUUUUCUAUAUUUUAGAAGUUUAUUUUAGAUUGUUAAAUGAAAUCACAUGAAAAAUACUUAUCUACUUUUAUUUAGCAUUUUAAAUAAUAAGAUUAAGAUUAGAAUGGAAUUAUAGAUGAAGUAAUAAUAAUUUAAAAAGUAGAAUGAAUUCGCAUAAUUGAUUAAAGAAUUGAAUAUUGGAAUUAAUGAUUAAGAUAUUUAGAGAUAAGAUAGAUCCAUAUAAUUAUUAAUAAAUAACAUUUUCUUAAUGCGUUCAAUUAUUUUCUCAACAAUAAGCACCAGGAACAAAUGUCCCUAUCAUCUAAAAAAAAUUUCAUCUGAAAAUUUCUGA